CUCAACAAAGUCUAGCUGACAGGACUGUGGCAGCGCUACUGCACGCACACAGCUGAGCACUGAGCGAGCGACCAACCAUGGCCGACGGAUCCGAGCAGAGCGUCCACGUCCUCCUGCUCCCGUACCCGAGCCAGGGCCACAUCAACCCGAUCCUCCAGUUCGGCAAGCGCCUCGCCGCGCGCCGCGGCGUCCGGUGCACGCUCGCCACGACCCGGUUCGCGCUCAGCCAGAGCCAGCCUGCCACCGGCGACGCCGUCCGCAUCGCCGCCAUCUCGGACGGCUGCGACCGCAGCGGCUUCAGCGAGGCCGGCGGCGUCGACGCGUACCUGUCCCGGCUGGAGUCGGCCGGGUCCGAGACCCUGGACGCGCUCCUCCGGUCCGAGGCGGAGCAGGGCCGCCCCGUGCGCGUGCUAGUGUACGACGCGGUCCUGCCGUGGGCGCCGCGCGUGGCGCGGCGCCGCGGCGCGGCUACCGCGGCGUUCUUCACGCAGCCGUGCGCGGUGGACGUGGCGUACGCGCACGCUUUCGCUGGACGGAUCCGGCCGCCGCUCGCCGACGAGGAGACAGUAGCAGAUGAGCUGCACGGGCUGCCGGCCGGGCUCAGGCCGGGCGAUCUGCCGUCGUUUCUGGCCGAGCCCACCAGAGACCACCCCGCGUACCUGGACCUGCUGGUGAACCAGUUCGACGGCCUGGACACGGCCGACCACGUCCUCGUCAACUCCUUCCACGAGCUGCAGCCACAGGAAUCGGAUUACAUGGCGUCCACGUGGAGAGCCAAGACGGUGGGCCCGACCGUGCCGUCGGCCUACCUCGACAACCGCUUGCCGGACGACACGUCCUACGGCUUCCACCUCUACACCCCGCUGACGGCGACGACGAAGGCCUGGCUGGACGGCAGGCCCCCGCGCUCCGUCGUGUACACCUCCUUCGGCAGCGUUUCAGCGCCCGGCGCGCUCCAGAUGACCGAGGUGGCGGAGGGCCUGUACAACUGCGGCAAGCCAUUCCUGUGGGUGGUCAGGGCGUCCGAGACCGCGAAGAUCCCCGAGAGCUUCGCCGGCAGGGCGAAGGAGCGGGGCCUCAUCGUGACGUGGAGCCCCCAGCUUGAGGUGCUCGCGCAUCCGGCCGUGGGGUGCUUCGUGACGCACUGCGGGUGGAACUCGACGACGGAGGCGCUGAGCGCCGGCGUGCCGAUGGUGGCGAUGCCGCAGUGGUCGGACCAGCCCAUGAACGCCAAGUACAUCGAGGAUUUGUGGCGGGUGGGCGUGCGGGUGCGACCCGACGAGGAGGGCGUGGUCAGGAAGGAGGAGGUGGAGAGGUGCGUCAGGGAGGUGAUGGACGGCGAGAAGAGCACGGAGUACCGGCGAAAUGCUGCUGGAUGGAAGGAGAAGGCUAAAAGAGCUGUGAGUGAAGGUGGCAGCUCAGAUAACAACAUCGUUGAGUUUCUUGGCAAGCUAGGAUUAGAAGUCUGAAUGAGGCGGUUCCAAAUUUUAAAUUUUCAAUCUUCUGAUUUUACAUCUGCCGUCUUCAAUUCCCUAGCUAUCACUUCGUGAAAUUCUCUCUGUUGUUGAAUAAUGUGUAACAUUUAAAAGAAAAUAAUAAAUGGAACAAGAGCCUUGCUUAUUACUUA